GUUUCUACUAAUACUGUAUGGUGCGAGGGACAUCCUGUGCCACCAGUCAGUUGAUGGUGGAUGACCUUCUGACCCCGUGCUCGCCAGGUGACCCGGCUGCCAUAGAAUUGACCUGGAUGGAUGUGCCUAGCGACAAGCUGCUGGAGCCCAUCAUCUGCAUGUCUGACGUGCUGUGCUCACUAUCCACCACGCAACCCACAGUCAACAUGGAGGUCUUGUUCAAGGUCAGGAAGUUCACAGAGGACUUAGAGCAGGAGGGUUGAGAGGUCCUGGUUGGCAGGGGCUUUAAUACUCCUUACUCAGUCUCUCCUAUCAAGACCCAACUCCAGUCAAAUAGUAGCUACAGUAUUACAACAGUAUUACAACACUAUGAACCUGCAUUGACAAGAAUGAUGGAGCAUUUUAACUUACACACAAUUGUUGUUUUUUUGCAUAUCCCAACUACCUCCGAGACACCCACAAGUGCCUUAUUUUCUCACUUUGUCGGCUCCGGUAUUUGAGCCAGCAAUCUUUCGGUAACUGGCCCAAUGAUCUAAACUUGAGGCUACGUGCCGCCCCUUAGUGGGUCUGCAGGGUGACUCCCCAAGUGGGUCUGGAACCCAGGUCAGCAGCACUACAUUGCUGUGUGUCUGUAUAGUUGAGGGUAUAUUGGUUUAGUAAUACUCAAUUCAGUUCUGUUUCCAGAGGGGAUCUCAAUGCUGUUACACGUAGCCAUGAUCACCAAGCUACCCUGACUUAAUAAAACCUGAAUUCAAAAAGAA